AUGGCAUUCCGAGCGAGCGACGAAAGCCGAUAUCCCAUGCUUUCCAAUAGAAGAUCCGAAGACGAAGAGGAAGACGAAUUCGAGGAUCAAGACAUUGAAGAUCACCGGUCCGAUGUCAGCAAAGGUUCUUCAACCACGUUAUACGAAAUCACCGGAUUGAAACAGAAACAGAAACCGUCGUCAAUCUCCAGUCGGGCAAGCCAAAAAGACAGGUUGACUUGGAUACGGUGGGCCGCUAUGGUGGUAUUGCAGAGCUUGAUUAUUUUGUUACUGUUGGGCCGAGACAUGUGGCCCAGCAGGGGAGAAAGAGAUAGAGAAACGGACCCGGUGUUGAAGGGAAAGGUGGUCGAGACGGGAGGAGAUAUCAAUGGACUCUACAAGACAGUAUCACACACAUAUACCUUCUUGAAGCCCGAGGCUGAGAAAUUCAUUCCGAACAUGACAACCAAUGAAGAUCGGAUGACGGUGCGGAGGAACUGGGAUCUGUUGAUGCCUUUGGGAAGCGGCAGUGUGGCAAUCCCCGAAUAUCGCGAUCACCCUCUGCUUGGAGACCCCAUCACGGACGAUCCGAUCCGGUCGGGUCCGAUCUUUGAAGCUUCGUGGACGCACGCACUACAUUGUUUAUAUUACAGUGUCGACAGUUACCAUCAGCUCAUCGUCAAUGGGCGCAGUGACUUUGACAACCCCGUGCAUGCAACGCAUUGUUUUGAAUACCUGAGGAACAGCAUCCUGUGCAACCUCGACAUGACGCUGGAAGGCUCCAUGUCCACCCCUGCCGACAAAGACAAGGGCCAGCCACAUGUCUGUCGGAACCGACAGGAAGCCAUCGACUGGAUAGAAGCCAGGAGACUAGAUGAUUUACAGGAUAUUGUCGGGCCAUGA